AUGGCAAAUCCAGAAAAGGGAAAUCAAACGUCUAACACAGAAUUCAUCCUCCUGGGAUUCGGGGAUCUCCCUAAACUGCAGCUCCUCUUCCUGCUGUUCCUAGUGAUCUACAUUGCAACCGUGGCUGGGAACGUCCUCAUCAUGGUGCUAGUUGUGACUGAUCAGCACCUUCACACCCCCAUGUACUUCUUUCUGGGAAACUUGUCCUGCUUGGAGACCUGCUACAGCUCCACCAUCCUGCCCAGGGUUCUGGUUGGUCUCCUGACUAGGAACAGGACUAUUUCAUUCAAUGGGUGUGUUACACAAUAUUAUUUCUUUGCUUCUAUGCUUGCUACAGAAUGCCUUCUCCUGUCGGUGAUGUCUUAUGAUCGGUAUUUAGCAAUAUGCAAUCCACUACACUAUGCAGCCCGUAUGAGUGACAGGUCUUGCCUACAGCUUGCAGGUAGCUCUUGGAUAGGUGGCUUCCUUCUUUGUAGCAUAACAACAUUGUUGAUAUCACAGUUAACGUUCUGUGGCCCCAAUGGUAUUGACCAUUUUUUUUGUGAUUUCAUCCCCCUUGUAAAACUCUCCUGCAAUGACCCUCACCUCAUGGAAACGUUGGCUUUCACAGUGAGCUUCCUUUUCUCACUGGCCCCAUUCCUGCUUACCUUGAUGUCCUACAUCUGCAUUAUCACCACCAUCCUGAGAAUCCCAUCCACCACCGGGAGGCAAAAGGCCUUUUCCACCUGCUCCUCCCAUCUCAUUGUGGUGAGCAUUUAUUAUGGAACUCUGCUGAUUGUCUAUAUGUUCCCAACCACCGACAUCCUGAGCGACUUCAAGAAAGUUCUCUCUGUCGUCUACACAAUCCUUACUCCCCUGAUCAAUCCCCUCAUUUACAGCCUGAGAAACAAAGAGGUCCAGGAGGCCCUGAGGAAUGCUUGCAGGAAAUUCAUGUUUGGACCAUGCUAA